UGGUGAGAACAACAAAACAUUCAACCGGAAAUAAAUCUGCGACUUGAGUUUUGCAAACAUUAACUAGCUGCAACCUUAUUCACGCUGCCCAAUGCGUUGGGAUGGUUUGACGUUUUACAAGACUAAAGGACAGAGACGUCGAGACGCGUGCGAGGAUUCGAGACAUUCAAAAUGAGUCUAUUCGAGGAGCAGCAGGAUAGCAGCAAUCCCAGAGAAGUGGAGUUUGAAGAAGAGGAGCAUGAGGAGAGGGGAAUGGGGGGCCACCCUCUGGUGGCCCUUGCACCUGAUGUUGCAUCCCCAGAGGAGGCGCAGCCCUCCACUAGCACUGAUGUCACCGCCAGCCCCGCUUUCCAGUGCAUAGAGGAGCUGUUGUCUUUAGGCAAAAUCAGCCCGACCAGAGCAGCCAAACUGAAGUCCAGCUACCUGCUCCUACGUGACUCUCUGAAGAGUAGCCAGGACUCUGAGAUCCACCUUUUGGGAGAGGCAAAGAGGCGUCGUGCAGAGCUGGAAAGGCUGCAGGCUGAGGUGGCGAGGACAGAGGAGGAGGACACCUCCGUGGAGCCUGAAAGCGAGGUCAAUGAACUGAGGCAACAACUCCUCCAGGCAUACAAUGAACUGAAAGCUUCUGAGGACAGGGAGUACAAGACACGGCACCGACUGAAAUGCUUCUGGGAAGAGAAGCGGUAUCUGGAGAAAGAGAAUGAGACUCAGCUGAAACGCGCUGAGCUGGAGAGCAGGACAGAGAACCUGCAGGAGAUGUACGAGGAUCUGAAGAAAGAGGUUCACCAGAAGCGGCUGGAAGUCAGAAGUCUGACGGAAGAUGUGGAAAGCCAUGAAAUGCAGAUAUUGAAAGAACAGAAAGAGCUCAGAGACAAGAUGGAGAUCAUAAAGGUUAAAGAGGCUGAGAAAGCCGGACUCAUCAGCAUCCAAGUUUUCAAGGAGAACGAAAGGAGACGCUCGAAGAAGCAAUCUGCAAUGAAGAAGAUGGAAGCACUGAAUGUAGAGAUGUCCGAAAUUGAGCAGCGCGCGACGGAGGUGGACGAGCGCAACCGCUCUCUGAUGCUGAAGAAGAAGGCGCUGAGCGGGGAGCUGGAGGGUCUCCGGGCCCGAGGAGAUGCCUGUCAGAAGGAGUGCAGACAGUGGCUGAAAGAGCGGGAGCUCAGCAGGGAGGAAGAGGCUGAGUUCAUGGGCAGCAGGGGAAUCCUGGAAAUGAAGUUGCAGAGCAUCGUGUACGACCGGAACUACCUUCAUGAGAGCCAAUCCGUGCAGCUCAAGGAGAAACAGAGGCAUUUGAAAGCGCUGGCGAGGAUGGAGCAUGCGUUGACCAUGGCCUCUGAGCAGCUGGAGCAAACGCAGUCCAUCUACGUUGCGUUACAUGCAAAGUUAGAUGCUGUUCCCAAACAAGAGGCCAGUAUUCAGCAGAGGAUGGAGCUUCAGAAAGAGGUGGAUGCUCUCAAAGUCCGCUUUCAAAACCAGCUGUCAGUAGCUGAGCAGGAGAGCGAGAAGGUGCAGCAGUAUGGGAUGAUUCAGGAACUGCUCAGGGAGUCAAACUGCCUCCGAGAAGAACUCCAUAACCUCAGAUGUCUGACCCGGAUCAAAGUGGACGAGAGGGGCCAGAAGCACCGGGAAAUGCUUCGAGCUGAGCAGCUGAACCAGCGCGUCCAGCAGGAGCUGCGCGAAAAGGACCACGUCAUCACGGAUCACAACAAGCUGAACGCCAUGCUGCAGCGCAGAGUUGCACGGUACCGGAAGCUGUGCGCCAUGAUCACGGAAGAGAAGAAUAAGUACGUCGGCCUGAAGCAGAUCGCCUCACAGACGACCACGGAGCUGACGGAACAGAUUAAAGUGCUGGAAAAUGAGACCGAGAUCCAACGUACCAUUGUCAUCAACAAGGGCCGAUCCCUCACAAAGGCCCGCAUGAAGAUCUCUAACGUCUCCAAAAUAAGGGACAAACUGCACAAUGACAUUUCCAAGGUUGCCUGGAAGCAGAGGGAGGUCCGUCAGGAGUACGAAGACCACCAGCUGGAGUUGAUGAGACUCACGCAAACCAUUGACCUCAAAGAGAAGGCACUUCUGGAGAUCAACAAGAACCAAGGAACGGCCAUACAGCGCCGCAAUUUCCUUGGCAUCCAGCUCCUGGAGCACGACCAAGUGCUGUUGAACUACUACGGGAAGGUGAACGUCCAGGAGGCCGCCAUCGCCGAGGGAAACGUGACACUGGAGAGCCUGGAGGAGGAGAUGAGAGACUUGCGGUUGGAGAUCAAGGAGGAGAGGAGACGGAUCGACCUGAAGAAGAAGGAGGUGCCCGUCACCAAGCAGUUGGGGGCCGAGGUCGCCGCGCUCCGCAUAGAGUUGUCAGAAGCCAGGGACAAGACACUUGCCGGUCUGAAUGGAACUGUUGACUUCAAAGAACUAAAAGGCAAAGACCUGUCGACUGCAGAACUGGUCAGGAAGGUUGAGCAGCUGGAGGCGAAUCUAGCGCAGAGCGAGAGGCAGUCGCUGGAGAAAGAACUCCUCGUGCACCAGGUGACCCGGCUCUCGAAGCCACUCAGCGAGCAGGCUGACGGCUGCCAUCAGGACCGACUCCGGCUGGCGAAGAAGUUAAACGAACUCCGAAGUCACAUAAUGGUCAUCGACCAUCGCACCAUGGCGGCCUCCGCAGAGCUCUCUGUGGCUCAAGCUGUUGCUCUGUCUCUCCAACAAGAGAUCAAAGAGAAAGAGAUCCAGAUGGACAGGUGCCAACGGCAGCCGGAGCAGGGCCGGCCACCGUGCCCUGAGUUAGAGGAGGAGUGGAGGAGGAUGCUCCGAGACAAGAAGAGGAGACAGAGGGACAAGGAGGAGAGGGAGAAGCUUGCUGAAGAAGAGAAGUGGAACCAGCUGCCUAAUGGAAGGUACACAACGGCUGAAGCCCGCCCGAACGCAUACAUCCCUCAGACCGACUCGCUGCCUCUGCCCAGACCCUACGGAGCCCAGGCCCCCUUCAAACCCUCCCCACCGGGAGCUUACAUGAGACACUUCCGCAAUCCAACGCUCAAACCCUUAGACAUAUAGACCAGGAAUACACACACGCACUCAUUAACCUUUGGAUGUUGGUAGAGUUGGAUAUUCUUGACAAAUAUAUUUCAGUGAUUUGACUCAUUUCUGUCUCCUCGUUUUUUUAUCCAUGUGUCUCCUGACGCACCUCCAGGGGCCGCGCCCUCCUCCUCUCUUUUAUUUUUCUUAUGUGUGUUUGUGUCCUCAGACUCCAGCACACCACAGCUGUUUGGUCACGUGACCGCAUACUUGUGUUCUGCAUCUGGUUGUAAUUUUAGUUUCCUUUUUCCCCCCCGUUAUUUACCGGCAAUAGCUUGUUUACACUCAUGCUUGCAGUAACACGGAAUACUGUAGAGACUGUAGAGAAGUAACGAAUGUGUUAUUUCAUCAUGGCCUUCGAUAAGAGAGUAGGUAAUUACUUCUGUACUUGUCCAUUUUUAUCUUGCUCUCUAUUGAAUAUUAUUUUUUACAGAUGCUGGAAUAUUUCUGCACAUUCUUCAGCUUUGGCACCGUUUGGUCCUGCGCACUUGUAAUCUUGCCGCUGAUGAAUGAAUUCUAACGGGUUUAAGCUUCAAGCCUGGCCAAGAGUUGCUGCUCAAUGGCUGAAAUGAUGAAUGUAAAUACAGCGACGUAGGCCAGGCAAUGAAAGAGAAAAGAGAAUUACAAAGAGGGAGGAGAAUUUAAACGAGGAACGAGAGUCAGAGAAAAAAAACUGGAUGAAGUGGAGCUCUAAAUGGGGUGAGGAGUUCAGAGACUGUUACUGGUGAACAAAAACAAAGUAAUUUGCCUUUUAAAACAUCUACAGAUUUACUGGAAGUUGUUAUAUGUGCAGAUUUGUGCUUGAGGGCAAAGUAGGCCAUCACUGUUUGCACCGCCAUUCACAAUCUCUGCCCUUCUUCUCUGUGUUAAGCAGGGAAAUAAACGUUCAAAUGAAAUUACAAA